AUGUCGUUGUGGACUGCACUUUUUUCGGAUAGUAGCAGUACCACUAAUGUUUAUUAUUUUAUGUGGAGAGAGAUGAGAGAGCGUCGUAGCAACAUGAAAGCUGCGGUAAAAGUUGGUAGACAAACAGAAAUUUCAUCACCAAAGAAAUCCGGUAGAUCCGAACAUUCGAGACAUCCAAUUUUUCAUGAUGAGUUCAACUGCCGUUGUUCCAUUUGCCGCAAUUUCUACAAGACACUCAUCAAUGGGGGAAGAAACUAUAUUUAUAUGAAUCCUCCUCUUUGUCUUCCGAAGGAGAAAGUUGUUAAACCCUUUGUCCAUAACUGGAUCAAGCUUGGAGAUCGAGUGGUUGUAAAAGAGAAAUUUUCAGGUCAGCAAAAUCAAGUAGAUCUAUCCAUAAGCGUGCACAGACAGCGCCACCUAUUGGUCGGAAAUCAAGUGAGAAAAAGACAUCACCAACAUUCGGAAUUCAGACCCAAAAAGGAUCUGGUCUUAGGGAUGUAGAUAAGAAGGCCAAAGGACAGCUUCCAUCUGAAGCAAUAAGGCAUGUGAAUCGUUGGAGUCAAGAAUAUGGUCAAGAACAAGCUGAUAAAAUGGCGGCAAUGCUACAAAAACUCUACAUAUCCAGGGGAAAGAGAAAGAAAGAGAAAAAAGUAAAGAGAGUUAUACCCAUGCGAGCUAAUAGUAACACACGCCAUACAGAGAGGCAAUAUCAUAAAAGAGUUACUUUAAAGGAACUAUGAUACGAUCCACGAUCCCCGUUCCCCUUUUCAGCAGAUCUAGCUGUUACUGCUACAGUGUUUUAUAAUAAUAUUGAGCCAUGUUAUUAUAUAGAAUACUAGUGUAAUAAAUAUACUUAAGCAAUCACUCUAUACAGUGCAUACCUCGCCCUAUACUUGAAUAUAGUACCAACAACACAAAUAAUGGGCGAAAUUGCAGCAUAACUUCAAGAAAAUAAUGGAAUCACCUGUCGUAUUCAGGCACAUUGUUUUUUUUUUAGUGCUGCCCGAAUACAAGGGCGAUUACAUUAUUUUCUCUUAUGCUCGAUGGUAAAAAUUGAAUUUCUGUGACUUUGACCUUUCCUUCUGAAAAUUGAAUGUUGUCUUUCUUUGAUUAUUACAUAUCAUUCCAUUCAUCUGUUUCUGCAUAAACUUGCUAAGAGACAGCAGUGAAUACAUAACCUCCUUGGCGGAGGUAAUAAAUCAAAUGGUGCAACUGUAUAAUCACAACUCAGUUCAAUUGUUAUUAACAUGAAAUUAUUUAACAACUUUUUUAAACAGAUAAAAAUAUUAUAUUGGUGUUUUUACGACAAAUAGUGUUUAUACUGGCUUGUAACGGAAGAAGUUAGCUGCUAUUGAAUAGUUUUUCAUUUUGAAUAUUAUAUUUUCAUACAUUUCAUUCAUUGAAUGAAAACAAAAUUUGUAAUAAAUUAUUUUUUAAUUGAA